CAAAGAUGGGCAUCCCGAGGGCUUCGCUCCUUGCCAUCCUCGGCUGCCUCUGCUUCUUUAGUCCUGUCCUCGGAGCUCGAGAGCUUAACGAUGACUUGUCCAUGGUCGCAAGGCACGAGAGUUGGAUGGUGCAGUACGGCCGCGUGUACAAGGAUGCUGCUGAGAAGGCACAGAGGUUCGAGAUAUUCAAGGCUAAUACUCGAUUCAUCGAAUCGUUCAACGCUGAGGGCCGCAAGUUCUGGCUCAACAUCAACCAAUUUGCGGACCUUAGCAAUGAUGAGUUUAAGGCAACCAAGACUAACAAGGGGUUUAUUUCAAACAAGGGGAAGGUUCCUACAGGGUUUAGGUAUGAAAAUAUGAGCCUUGAUGCACUGCCAACAACGGUGGACUGGAGGACAAAGGGUGCAGUAACUCCCGUCAAAGAUCAAGGCCAGUGUGGUUGUUGCUGGGCUUUUUCCGCUGUUGCUGCAACUGAGGGCAUUGUCAAGAUAAGUACCGGCACUCUUAUCUCGCUCUCGGAGCAAGAAUUGGUGGAUUGUGAUGUCCACGGGGAGGACCAGGGCUGCGAGGGUGGUCUCAUGGAUGAUGCAUUCAAGUUCAUUAUCAAGAAUGGUGGCCUCACUAAGGAGUCCAGCUAUCCAUAUUCCGCAGCAGAUGGCAAGUGCAAGAGUGGAUCUAGCAGUGCUGCAACUAUUAAGAGCUAUGAGGAUGUGCCUACCAAUGAUGAGGGUGCCCUCAUGAAGGCAGUGGCAAGCCAACCCGUGUCAGUAGCCGUGGAUGGAGGCGACAUGACAUUCCAAUUCUACUCCGGUGGCGUGAUGACUGGUUCUUGUGGUACUGAUUUGGACCAUGGGAUUGCAGCCAUAGGGUAUGGAACGACAACCGAUGGUACAAAGUAUUGGUUGCUGAAAAAUUCUUGGGGCACAACAUGGGGCGAGAAUGGAUUUUUAAGAAUGGAAAAGGACAUUGCUGACAAGAAGGGCAUGUGCGGCCUUGCCAUGGAGCCCUCCUACCCUACAGCUUAG